ACGUGAAAACUUUUGAACUUUUCGCAAAAAUUGCCGCCAUCUUUUUCAAUUGCAUGAUGGGAAAAUGAAACAGAUUUCUAAAAAAUCACUCUGAACUCAACAACAACACAUUGAAAAUUAGAAAUACUCAUUAUUAUUGCUAAAUCAAUAUAUGUUUUGUAUAAACUGAGGAAUAAACUCCUUGAUAUAUUGAAAAAUUAAGUCUCCAACUGGCGAGAAUCUUGGCGGUGAACAAAAUGGCAUCCCUUUUUCGGAUCGCUGCCAAUCAAUGUCGAAGUUUAGGGACACAUUUAGUGAAGAAGGAGGUCUUAUUACAACCUAGAUGCUUAAUAUCUACUUCUAAGAAAAAUAAGGAUGCGUCUGCAGCUACAAUAGAACCACGUACUGAGCAAACUGCUUCAGAAACAGCUGCCAAAGAGAAGGAGGAUUUUGAUCCGAACUGGAUUUCAUAUGGCUAUGUACUAACAGACCCCCAUGAAGACAAAUGGCACCAUAGGAUAGUUAUGUUUAUGGGUGUAACUCUGUGUCUCGUUACUGGAAGUUUUGUAGCAGCAUAUAUGCCUGACCAUAGGAUGCGAGAUUGGUCGCAAAGGGAAGCAUUUCUAGUACUUGCACAUAGAGAAGCUAAUGGACUCCCUCUCAUAGAUCCUGAACUUGUCCCCCGGGACCAAAUAGAACUACCCUCAGAGGAAGAACUAGGGGAUGUUCCUAUUAUUAUAUAAGCAUAUUAUUUAGUGACAACAUCUACGACUAGGAAAUUUGUUAUGCAGAGGAUUUAUGAGUAUCGAAAGAAACCACUUUUUGCCAAUAUCAAAUACCAGUAUCCAUUAAACCUAUUGGUGAUUAAGAUUUUUGUGGAAUUGCCUGCUGUUUUAUGGACGUCUUUGUGAAGAAAAAUUGUUUUUAAAAGUGAUUUGUCUUUUAUCAAGUGAAUUUGAUAAACUGCUAUAUAAUGUUAUUACGAGCAACUGAAAAAAUUUAAAAAGUAUCAAGGGUACAUGCAUUUACUUUGUAUAAGGAUAAAAACAUGAUAUUUGAUCGUUAUACCUUCUUCUGGUUUCCUUUUGUUAUUGCUUGAACACAGUGGUCAUUAUUCAAAUGUUAUUUGAAUGUCUGCACAACUUGUUGAAAGUAAAUCAGCAAUAGUUUUAGCUGUUCUAAAUGUGUGAAAAAAUAUUUAAUUUGUAAAUAAAUUGAAAAAACAUGAAACGAUAUAUCCUAGUUGUAGUUUGAUCCUAGACUUGAAUAGUGUAUGUAAAUGAAAGGGCCAAUAGAUGUCAUUCUCA